AUAUUUAGUCACAGCACCUGGUCCUGCAGCUGAGCCCGGUACAUUUCCUCUGCUUUUGUUUCAUCCUGACCCCCCCACCAAGGCAAAAUACUACACCUUCCCAGCUUAGAAUAACAACCAUAAAAACUGCCUGAUCAGGUCACUUUGUUGAAUAUCCUGUUCAUCUCGUUUUAUUGCCUUUUCUAAGAACAUUGAAAGAAGUCAUCUAAGUUGACUCGGUCACAGGAGCUGAAUCAUUUUCCAAGUCAGGCAGAGAAAAUCUGGAUUUCUGAUUUCUCGGGAGAGGCAAGAAACAGCCGGUCUCUGAAAAAUGGACAACAAAAAUGUGUUCAGACAGGAAUUAGUGGAUGUUAAGGGAGUCCCCCUCUUCUGGACCAUUGCAGAAGCGUGGUCAGAGGUAGAAGGAUUUGAGGCCAGACCAGAUGAUCUUCUCAUCUCCACCUAUCCCAAGUCUGGUACCACUUGGGUCAGUGAAAUCUUGGAUCUGAUCUAUAACAAUGGAGAUGUGGAGAAAUGCAAACGAGAUGCUAUAUUUAAUCGGGUCCCUUUCAUGGAACUGAUAAUGCCUGGAUACGUAAAUGGCAUAAAGCAAUUGGAAGCACUGAAGUCCCCACGUCUGGUGAAAACCCAUCUGCCCGUUGAGCUCCUUCCUUCUUCUCUGUGGAAGAAUGACUGUAAGAUGAUCUAUGUGGCACGGAAUGCUAAGGAUGUAGCUGUCUCUUACUACUAUUUCUACAAGAUGGCAAAGAUGCACCCAGAGCCUGGUACCUGGGAGCAGUUUCUGGAGAGUUUCAUGACUGGAAGGGUGAGUUUUGGUUCCUGGUAUGACCAUGUGAAGGGCUGGUGGGAGAAGAAGAAGGACUACCGUAUCCUCUACCUCUUCUAUGAAGAUAUGAAGGAGGACCCAAAACGUGAACUCCUGAAAAUUCUGAAGUUCCUGGGAAAGGAUUUGCCGGAAGAGAUUGUGAAUAAAAUCCUCUAUCACACUUCCUUCAAUAUCAUGAAACAGAACCCAACUGCCAAUUAUACCAUGAUGACAGAAAAAGAAAUGGACCACAGCAUAUCUCCUUUUAUGAGAAAGGGGAUUUCAGGCGACUGGAAGAAUCAGUUCACAGUCGCCCAGUAUGAAAGAUUUGAAAAACAUUAUAACCAGCAAAUGGAAGAGACCACACUGAAGUUUCGAGCAGAGGUCUGAAGAAUGUUUCCCUUCCCUCCAAAGCUUUCAGAUACUUUGCAGGAGAAAAAACACCUAUUAAACACUUAGUGAAAAUACGUGAGUU